CUUCUUCCAAAUUCUUCAAACCAACAGCAACGCUUAGUGCUGCUACAAUGGCGAUUGCAGGUGCACCACGAACUUGCAUCUUUUUGAUUACAGAGAAGGAAUCCUCAAUUGUCUCUACUGGAACAUAUUUGUGCUGAUGAGGAAGUAAAAGUUGAUCCAGGACAAAUAACCUAUCCUCCUUGUAAAUAAUUGCUUGCAAAGACAUGAUUUCAAGUAAAUUUUCUUUUUUCGGCAGAGAUACGAGCCUUUUUACGCAAAUUAACAAUCCAAUUGCUUUGCUACAAAGUUGAGAGGCUUUCUUGGGGGGUUUUCCUUCUUUUUGGUGGCCGUUGAAUAGGUGUGCUUUGGAAGCUUUUGAAUAGGAUUGGAGUAUCCCAAGGGUUUCCUACUCCAAUACGGUUACGAACUAUUAAAAAAAGAGUUUCUUCCCUUUUAUGUUUACCUUUACCUGGAUUAUUUUGGGUGCUUUUUCUUGUUUUCUGGUCGUUGAAGCCAACAGUAGGCUGUCAACUAACUUUCAAUGAAUACUGAGGUUUUGUAGGUUUAAGCGCUCAUAAAGACGAAUAGAUGCAAGUAGUAAAGUAAGAUUCGUAGCUUAUUGCUACAAGUUAUGACUGAUCGUUUGUACACUUACUUGAUUCCUUCAAACUGCUUAGCAAAGCCAAAGAAAAUACAAAAGAAGAAGAAAAUUCAUAAGCUAGUUCUUAAUUGAUCACGAGGGACCUUCUAGUCACCAAAACCUUUGACUUACUGAAUUAUUCAAUUUUUGGCUAUACGAAGGAAUGAUCUUUAGGGAAACAGCUGUCGGUGUACAACCUGUGACCAUGUCAACUUCUGAAAUGAAUUCUCCAACAAUAAAGUAUGCUUGAAACACGUCUCCGUUGCAAUGCUGUCUUGAGAGUUCACUCUUAUUGUCAAAUAUCCAAAUGUCCAAAUAUCAAUCUCAAUCUUGAGCAGAAUGCUGAUCAGUUUUCUUCUAAAUAAGUACAAUUGAAAGAAAAUUGAAUGUGACAGACUCGUCGUACUUGCUUGUUGCACGUCGACAAUCGCAGUUCGCUCUUAAUUUUGUCUUUCAUGACAGUCGAAAGGUGGCUCUUUCUCUUUCCUAGUUUUUUCCUUUUUAAUAAAUAGUUUCAUUUUUGAUAAGAAAAUAACGGAAUUGCAAUGAAUCCGUCUUUGGAGCCCUUUGGCCUUUCCUUUUUGGCUGUUCCCAUUCUCUCUCUCUACUCAUCUCUUUCUCCAAAAAGUUUGAAUUUUUUGUUUCCGGUCAGUAGCAGCUCCCGGAAUAUAUUGCUUUAUUUAAUUUAGAAUUAUUAUGCUUCAUAUGUCUUGUUGAGAAUGUUCAAACGCUUCUUUCAUACUGGACUUCGCCUUGCUGAACAGAGUACCUCCUCUGGUGCAGCUAUCUCCUCCCAAUCCUUAAAGCCUUUGUCAGAAAAAGCCUCGCUUGCAGAAAAUCCAUACUUUCGUGAACUCCCUCCUAAUGUUGCAGCUGUCUAUUUGAGCCCUUUAAAAUGGAAGCCUUCUGAAAAAGACGAUUUGGUUGCUUCUUUAAGAGUAAAAAGUUAUGAAACUAAUGAAUUGGAUUUUUACUCUGAUUUUAUUUGCCGUGUCGCUUAUUACAUGAAAAUUCCACUGCGUGGUCCUCGGCCUUUGCCCAAAAGGAUUGAGAGCUGGACACUUUUGAAAUCUCCAUUUGUGCAUAAAGGUUCACAAGAAAAUUUUGAAAGAAUUACUCAUACCCGCCUUUUUGAAUUCUACAACACAAACCCUUCCCAACUGGAAACUUUCUUAGCGUACGUGAGAAAAAACAAUAUGCCAGCUUUGACGCUUGAGGCUAAAUCAGUUGCAUACGAGGACAUGGAUGUUGCAGUACGUAUACGAUCUCUACUUCCAGCAGAAAAACAGGAUGCCUGGAAGGACGCUAAGGAUCAUGAUCGAAUCAAAUUACAUGCAGAUGAGCUUUUACAAAGUGACCCAGUCUAUCAAAAGUUGAUGAAGUGAGACUUGAAGAGAAAGUAAGCGGGACUAUGCUUACCCCAUUUUUUAAAAUACAACACUUACUUCCUUCCAUGCAUUCUACAAGCUACAUGUGGAUCAUACAUCUCAUAUAAUUAAUUAAUGAAACAAAUUUCAAACCUGUAUUUUUUUUGACGUUCUUGUCUAGUGAAUCAUUAGCCUAACUCUAUUUCAUCAGGGUUUUUUUGUUGUUCUUCUUGUUCCACAAUAUCCCUUUGCCGUACACCUCCUUCUGGUCCUGUAGUUGAAGGAACAAACCCUGCUAAGGGUUUGGAAUUUUCCUGUAAUCGUUCUAAUUGUUCCAUAGCAUCUCCAGAUGGUAAAGAUGUAUCCAUCGAGGCAACCUGCUUUGCAAUAUUCAACGUAUUUGUGCUGUAUUUUACUUGGACGGAGCGUUUGAUACGAAGCAUCUCCUUGACUGUUUCUUCUGGAUUUCCGUAUUUAAGUUCAAAAUCUUGCCAACGCUGCCAGUAUUCCGUUUCUACUCGAGGGUCGCAAUACUGACUUCCGUGGGUAAAGAUAGCACGAGCACGAUCAAUUUCACCCAAUCGUGUUUCCAUUUCUGCAUAGCGAAGGCACACAUCUUUUACUCCUGCAUCAUCAAGAAUUUCAAUAGCUCUUUCGUAAACAGGGCGAGCAGCAAGCGCACCAUAGUUUGAUGCUACUUUGAGCAAUAAUACGUUGAAGACGCUGAGACGAUCUUUAGGGGUAACAUUUUUAAAAGCUUUCUCCAAAAUUGAAAUAGAUCGUUUCACUUUUCCGUAUUUCUCUUCAUAAUCCGCGUAAAGCAAAUAUAUACUUUUUGAAAACUCUGGUGGGCAACCUUCCAACGCUUGUUCAAAAAGAUCUCUACCUCUUUCAAACUGUUUUCCCUUAAAUCGG